CUUCUUCUCCCAUCCAACCAUAGUGUACACAUCAUCAAAGUCUUCCGUAAUUGCCUCCACCACUUACACCAAUACACCAGCCUCUUUAGUUUGGAAUUACCACAUCCAUUGCCGUUGCAUCUAUCCUCUUGAAGAAUUCCUUCAUCAUCCAACUCCUUACUGCCACGCCAACUUUGACCGGCUUGUCAAAACACACAAACUACACCAAAAUGAGACAGACAACCAUCAUCGCUGGCCUCGCAGCCAUGCUUCCCUCUACCGCCCAAGCUUGGUCUAUCCCAGCCCUUCUCGACAUCCGCCAGACCACCCGUCCCUACCAAGACGUUGUCUGCAAGCCUCAGACAGGUUCUGGUGCCCAGCUUCCCCCUUGUGUCCAAAUUGAGAACAUUGAGCUCGCCUGUCAACCCAAUGGCACCAACCCUAUCGACUAUGAGGCACACGCUCAAUGCAUCUGCGGAGGUAGCUUCUUCGCUGAGAAGUUGGCAUGCGAGAGAUGCCUCACUAUUCACGGUCUCCGCAGCGAGCGAAACCUGGCUUUUUACAGCGGCGUCCUUUCAUCUGCCUCCAAUGCUCUCUGCACAGGUACUCCCACUGCUGUUUUCGCCAGCAUCUACUCCGGCAUCGAGGCUGCUGCUACUCCCGUGACGACUGGAGCCACUGCCACAAGCGAUCAAGCUCCCAGCAACACGGCCAUUUCCCUCUACUAUACGGCUAGCGGCCCUCAGGGACCUGGCACCAUCACUGGCGCAGCUGCGAGUGCCACUGCUGUUGCUAGCCGCACGACGACGAGCCCUUCUACUGCUGCGACUGGCUCCGCUUCGGGAGCAACUGGUACUUCAUCUACCCGUGCUUCAACUGCCACCACCGGUACAGCUUCAGGUGCCGCGGCCACAAGCACAACCGCUGGUAGUGGUGCGAUGCCGACUUACGCUGCAGGUGGCCUCUUGAUGGGUGCUGCUGGUAUCGCAGUUCUCGCAGGACUGUAAGGGAAUUUUGGAAAGGCAAUAUGGCGAUCGUCGUGUGCGGGAAAGUCGGGGUUGACGAGAUGUCUGGUGGUGGAAGUAAUGAUAACGCCUGG